CCCUAAUCUUAAUCAUCAUCACUAAUACAAUUUCAUAUCAUCUUCAUCUUCUCUUAAUCCUUUUCUUUCUCUCUCUCUCUCUCUCUUUCUCUCUCCUCUUUUCCCAGUAGAUUUAACAUAAUAAUAAAGAAAAAGAAAAAAAAGAAAAAUCCCUUUCUCUCUCUCUCUCUCACACACAUAUACACACAUCUUCUCUCUCCCAUUCCCUACCAAGGGGGCAACGCCGUUAAAACAAACGCCGUUUCCUUGGACCAGUCCCGUUACUCACGUGACUUGGUAACUACAAAAGUUUAUAAAGUUAAAGUCACGUGAUCUUUCAAAUGGCGCUGGAGCAGCUGAGUUUGGGUCCGAGGCCCGUUGACGGCGGACCAGACGGCCGUCAAGUGUCCGGCGAUGGCGGCGCGGGGGGUGAUGAGGGGAGCAAGGCGGCCCGGCUACCGCGUUGGACUAGACAGGAAAUCGCGGGCGUCCGGGUCUGCUUUCGGGUCGGGUCAAAUCGAGCCAAAGUGGGCGUCGGUUUCGUCCUACUGUAAGAGGCAUGGGGUGAAUCGGGGGCCGGUUCAGUGCCGGAAGAGAUGGAGCAAUUUGGCGGGGGAUUUUAAGAAGAUAAAAGAGUGGGAGUCGAAGAUAAAGGAGGAGACGGAGUCGUUUUGGGUGAUGAGGAACGACUUGAGGAGGGAGAGGAAGUUGCCGGGGUUUUUUGAUAGGGAGGUUUAUGAUAUUCUUGAUGGCGGCGGCGGCGGGGGGACUGGGGUGGUGGUGGUGAGGAGGAGGAGGAGGAGGGCGGAGGCCGGUGAAGAGGGGGAGCCCGAGGCGUUGUUUGAUAGUGGGCGCAGCGCGGCGGUGGAUGAUGGGCUGUUCUCGGAUUUCGAGCAGUCGGGUCAGGAGGAAGCGUGUCGAAGUCCCGGUCAAAGUAAGGAGACUCCUGUUAAGGAUAUACCCGCCCCGACUCCGAUUUCAGUUGCAGAGAAGCAGCAUCAAUCAAUUCCCCAAGAGUCUCCUGAUCAAGGCACAAACAAUGAGAAACAAGUUGGUUCAGAAGCUGAGGUUCGAAACACUCAAGAAGGAAGGAAAAGGAAACGAUAUGCAAUUGAUGGAGAAGGGGAGACGACGAAUCUUCAACAUCAGUUGAUUGAAGCGUUAGAGAAGAACGGCAAAUUGUUGAGCUCACAACUAGAAGCGCAAAAUGCCCAUCUUCAAUUGGAUAGAGAGCAACGAAGCGACCAUGUGAAUAGCUUGAUAACAGUACUCAAUAAGCUUGCUGAUGCUUUGGGAAGAAUUGCUGAUAAGUUGUAGCCAGAAAAGGUCUCAUAUUAGGUUGUACAAAAUGAUUAUUUUCGUUUUUCUUUCAUAAGUAUAGAAUUGGAGGAUUUGUGAAUUCAUGAAAGAGUACAUUGUGUUUAUGACAUUAAUAAUUUGAGAAGUAGAGGUUGGUCUUUUAUUUGAAUGAGUAAAAGGCUAUGCCUGGAGGAGCCAUUGCCAUUGUAGCUUUUUUCCACUUAAUCACCCAUGAUUUUGUGUAAAAGAUUUUAGUGAUACCCCAA